AUGGUUGACCCCCUGAAAAUAUUUUGGGUGUUGACAAACAGCACAUACCUUGUGACAAAAUUUAUCCGCAUCGGAAUAGCAGAUAAGAAUGACAACCCACCAUAUUUCGACAAGGAGUUGUACGAGGCGGAAGUCGACGAAAAUGAAGACAUUCAACACACCGUGCUCACGGUUACCGCCAAAGAUCACGACGAAUCAUCGCGUAUUCGAUACGAGAUCACGAGCGGGAACAUAGGCGGUGCAUUCGCUGUCAAGAACAUGACCGGCGCCAUCUACGUGGCCGGCGCACUCGACUAUGAAACUAGGAAACGGUACGAGUUGAAGUUAGCCGCUUCGGACAAUCUUAAAGAGAACUACACGACCGUGGUGAUUCACGUGAAGGAUGUGAACGAUAAUCCCCCAGUGUUCGAGAGACCCACAUAUAGAACCCAAAUCACUGAAGAAGAUGACCGCAAUCUUCCCAAGCGAGUGCUACAGGUUACGGCUACCGACGGCGAUAAGGACAGACAGCAGAACAUUGUGUACUUUCUUACUGGUCAAGGCAUAGAUCCUGACAAUCCAUCAAACAGUAAAUUCGAUAUCAACCGAACUACUGGAGAAAUUUUUGUAUUAAAGCCUUUAGAUCGUGACCAGCCUAAUGGAAGGCCGCAAUGGAGAUUCACUGUAUUUGCUCAAGAUGAAGGCGGUGAGGGAUUAGUAGGCUACGCCGAUGUUCAAGUUAAUCUCAAAGAUAUAAACGAUAAUGCACCCAUAUUCCCACAAGGAGUAUAUUUCGGCAAUGUUACAGAAAAUGGAACUGCGGGUAUGGUCGUAAUGACAAUGACAGCUAUAGACUAUGAUGAUCCUGCUGAAAGUAAUAAUGCGAAAUUAUGGUACUCUAUCGAGAAAAAUGUUAUUGAAGAAGAAACAGGAUCCCCUAUAUUUGAAAUCGAACCCGAAACUGGUGUUAUUAAAACGGCUGUUUGUUGUUUAGACCGUGAAAGAACACCUGAUUACUCUAUACAAAUAGUAGCUUCGGAUGGUGGGGGGCUAAAAGGGACAGGGACAGCAUCUAUAAGAGUAAAAGACAUAAACGACAUGCCCCCUCAGUUUACCAAAGAUGAAUGGUUUACAGAAGUUGAUGAAACUGAUGGCACUAAUUUACCUGAAAUGCCAAUCCUUACAGUUACUGUUCAUGAUGAAGAUGAAACUAAUAAAUUCCAAUAUAAAGUUAUAGAGAAUAGUGGAUAUGGUGCCGAUAAAUUUACGAUGGUCAGAAACAAUGACGGUACUGGGUCAUUAAAAAUUGUACAGCCACUAGAUUACGAGGACCAAUUACAAAGCAAUGGCUUUAGAUUCAGAAUACAAGUUAAUGAUAAAGGUGAAGAUAAUGAUAAUGAUAAAUAUCAUGUAGCUUAUUCAUGGGUACUUGUAAAGCUAAGAGAUAUCAAUGACAAUAAACCACAAUUCGAACGUGCAAAUAUAGAAGUUUCUGUAUAUGAAAAUGCAGAAGUAGGCAAAAGCCUUGAGACAUUUAAAGCCACAGAUCCUGAUCAAAGUGGUAAAAGUAAAGUUUCAUAUGCUAUAGAUAGAUCAUCAGACAGAAAACGACAAUUCUCCAUAAAUCAAGAGGGAACUGUAAGUAUACAAAGGUCGUUGGACCGGGAAGACACACCUAGACAUCAAGUAAAAAUAUUAGCUAUAGAUGAUGGAGUUCCUCCAAGAACAGCAACGGCGACGCUUACUGUUAUAGUGCAAGAUAUUAAUGAUAACGCGCCUACCUUCCUUAAAGAUUAUAGACCUGUUUUAACAGAACAUAUUACACCUAAAAAAGUUGCUGAAAUAUUAGCUACAGAUGAUGAUGAUAGAUCAAAGAGCAAUGGCCCCCCAUUCCAAUUCAGGCUUGACCCUGGUGCUGAUGAUAUAAUAAGGGCUUCAUUUAAAGUGGAACAAGAUCAAAAAGGUGCUAAUGGAGAUGGUAUGGCUAUCGUUUCAUCUCUACGAUCAUUUGACAGGGAGCAGCAGAAAGAAUAUCUUAUUCCUAUUAUUAUUAAAGAUCAUGGUAAUCCAGCAAUGACAGGAACUAGUACGCUUACAGUAGUAAUCGGGGAUGUAAAUGACAAUAAAAUGCAACCUGGAUCCAAGGAAAUUCUUGUAUAUAAUUACCAAGGUCAAGCGCCAGAUACUGAAAUUGGGAGAGUUUAUGUUUAUGAUUUAGAUGAUUGGGACUUACCGGAUAAAAAAUUCUUCUGGGAAAGUUCGGAACAUCCCAAUUUUACCUUAAAUGAAGAAACAGGUAUGAUACAAAUGCGUCAUAAAACAAGAGAAGGUAGAUAUCACUUGAAAUUUAAGGUGUAUGACAGAAAACAUACACAAACGGACGUACCAGCUAAUGUAACAGUUUAUGUUAAAGAAAUAUCACACGAGGCUAUCAUAAACUCGGGAUCAAUACGAAUAUCGGGAAUAUCUGAUGAAGAUUUUAUUCGAGUUUGGAAUUACAAAACCUUAAGUGUCUCAAGGAGCAAAUUAGACAUAUUUAAAGAUAAAUUAGCAGACCUACUUAAUACUGAACGUGAAAAUAUUGAUAUAUUCAGCGUUCAGCUAAGAAAGAAACACCCUCCUGUAACUGACAUUCGUUUCUCAGCACACGGUGCUCAUUAUUAUAAGCCCAUUCGAUUAAAUGGCAUUGUACUUAUGCAUAGAGAGGAAAUUGAAAGAGCUGUUGGAAUUAACAUAACUAUGGUUGGCAUUGACGAAUGUCUUUAUGAAAAUCAGAUGUGUGAAGGAUCGUGUACAAAUGUGUUAGACAUUAGUAACUUACCAUAUAUGGUGAAUGCUAACAAAACUGCUCUAGUUGGUGUAAGGGUUGAUGUUAUUGCCGAAUGUACAUGUGGCGCUAGAAACUUCACACAAGCAGAGACUUGUCGCAAUUCCCCUUGCUAUAAUGGUGGCAGAUGCAUUGAAGGUAAAUAUGGUUUAACUUGCUCUUGUCCACCUGGUUAUACAGGACCACGUUGCCAACAGACAUCGAGAAGUUUCAGAGGCACUGGUUGGGCUUGGUAUCCGUCACUAGAAAUGUGCGAUAAUUCUCAUCUCAGCUUUGAAUUCAUAACAAGAAAGUCAGAAGGAGUUUUACUCUACAAUGGACCAAUAGUACCACCAGAACCAGAAGAAAUAGUAGUUUCAGAUUUUAUAUCUGUUGAAUUAGAAAGAGGAAAUCCAAGACUCUUAAUUGAUUUUGGGUCCGGAACUCUAGAAUUAAGAGUAAAAACAAAGAAAUCUUUAGAUGAUGGCGAAUGGCAUCGCAUAGAUAUAUUUUGGGAUACUGAAAAUGUAAGGAUGAUAGUUGAUUAUUGUAAAUCGGCAGACAUUCAAGAAAUGGAAGAUGGUACUCCACCGGAGUUUGAUGACUCUACUUGUCAAGCUACUGGUACUAUUCCACCAUUUAAUGAGUACCUAAAUGUUAAUGCCCCAUUACAAAUUGGAGGAUUGUAUAUAGAACAUUUUGACCCUACGCAUUAUCAUUGGCAGUACAUGCCAAUUGGCAAGGGUUUCGAUGGAUGUAUUAGAAAUUUGAUUCAUAACAGUAAAUUAUACGAUUUGGCUCAUCCUGGUUUAUCACGAAAUUCAGUAGCUGGAUGCCCUCAAACAGAAGAAAUCUGUAACCAAGCCGAUACUACAUCAAGAUGUUGGGAGCACGGUACUUGUGUUGGUAGUUUUUCUGAAGCUAGGUGUCAAUGCUUGCCAGGAUGGACAGGCCCAUCUUGCAAUUUACCAACCACGCCCACAAGUUUCAGACCUCAAAGCUAUGUUAAAUUUGCAUUAAGUUUCGAACCAGAUAGGUUUAGUACACAAAUACAGUUAAGAUUCAGAACUCGUGAACCUCAUGGAGAACUUUUUAGAGUUAGCGAUCAGCAUAAUCGUGAAUAUGGAAUAUUAGAAGUAAAAGAUUCGCGAUUACAUUUCCGUUUUAAUUUAAAUUCCUUACGUACAGAAGAACGUGACGUUUGGUUAAAUUCUGUAGCGGUCGACGAUGGUCAGUGGCACAUCGCUAGAGUGAGUAGAUAUGGAAGUGCCGCUACGCUAGAAAUUGAUGGCGGUGAAGGAAGAAGAUAUAACGAGACGUUUACAUUUGAUGGCCAUCAGUGGCUUUUAGUCGAUAAACAAGAAGGUGUGUAUGCGGGGGGCAAAGCAGAAUAUACUGGUGUGCGGACUUUUGAAGUAUAUGCAGAUUUUCAGAAAGGUUGUUUAGACGAUAUCAGAUUAGAAGGGAAGCAUCUACCGUUACCUCCGGCAAUGAAUGGCACACAAUGGGGCCAGGCUACUAUGGCCAGGAAUUUAGACAGAAAUUGUCCGUCUAAUAGUCCCUGCAUUAACGUUCACUGUAACGAGCCAUUUGAGUGUGUCGACCUGUGGAACGAAUACGAGUGCACUUGCGGUGAGGGUUUGGUAUUAUCUGCGGACGGCAAGGGUUGCGUAGACAAGAACGAGUGUCUGUACUUCCCGUGUCGCAACGGUGGAUCGUGUGUCAACCGAGAGCCGGGCUAUCGCUGCCAUUGCCCCGAGGGUUUCUGGGGUGAAAACUGCGAACUCGUUCAGGAAGGACGCACGCUCAAACUCAGCAUGGGCGCCCUCGCGGCCAUCCUCGUCUGCCUUCUUAUUAUCAUGAUAUUGGUGCUGGUAUUCGUGGUGUACAACCGUCGUCGCGAGGCUCACAUCAAGUAUCCAGGACCAGAUGAUGAUGUUCGUGAGAACAUUAUAAAUUACGAUGAUGAAGGCGGUGGCGAAGAUGACAUGACCGCGUUUGAUAUCACUCCCCUGCAAAUUCCGAUUGGCGGACCUCUCCCUGAUCAUGUUCCGGCCAAAAUGCCAUAUCCAUUGAUGGGAGUGGGGUUGGGCGUCGGUCCGAUGGUUGGUGUGGCGCCCCCAGUGGGAGUGCCUCUCCCAGGGGAGACGAAUGUGGGCAUGUUCAUAGAGGAACAUAAGCGGCGCGCGGACAGCGAUCCCAACGCGCCGCCCUUUGACGAUCUCCGGAACUACGCGUAUGAGGGUGGCGGUAGCACUGCUGGCUCCCUGUCCUCGCUUGCUUCCGGAACUGACGAUGAAAUACACGAAUAUGACUACUUGAGCGCGUGGGGGCCUCGGUUCGACAAGCUGGCAGACCUGUACGGGCCUGAUCUCGACGAGCAACUG